UAAAUUUAGCCAACUUAUAGUCAGACUAGAUCACACGGGGGACCAAAAACUACAUCGGACACGUCAACCUUUCAUAUCAACAACCUGGACUGACAGCUGCGCUCCCCAGCAAAAAAGAUUGUACUGGCAGUAAUGUGAUCAAUAGCAGAUAGCAACAAGAGGAUUUUUUUCCAUGUUAAAAGAUGAUAUGCAGGUUUCUUCUCCUAGUUGUCCUCAGUUUGUUUGUGCCCCAUGCCCUGGGUGCCUGUGCUGAGGUGGACUCCAUGACUGAAGCUGUGGCUGGGCAGAACUUUCUCCUGGGCUGUAUCUCCUGUAAGAGGAGAGAGGAGGUGUCAGCGUGGACCACAGUGGACUGGCACUUCAGAGCCUUAGGAGAGCAAGAGUACAGGCACAUUUUCCACUAUGAACACCCGACCGCUGACAUCCUCCAUGAAGACUUCAGUGGGCGUCUGGAGUGGCAUGGCACUAUGCACACGGACAUCCAGAUCGGAGCCAUCUACCUGAGCAACGUGACCUUCAACGACACGGGGACAUACCUGUGCACCUUCCACCGCACGCUCCACCUCCCUGUAAGGAAUGAGGAGGUCACCGUGGAGAAGGAGGUGGAGCUGACCGUGGUGGCUGUAGCCAACCGGGAGCUGACAGCGGUGAUAUCAGAGAUCAUGAUGUUUGUGCUGAUUGUGGUUCUACAGCUGUGGCUCAUCAUGGUCCUGGUUUACUGUUACAAGAAGAUCUCAGCAGACCACGAGAGGAGAGAGGCAAAGAAAGCUCUCAGGGCCCAAGAGGAGGCGCUCUUGGAAUCCAAAGACAACUGCGAUGGUGUGCAGCUGGAGUAAUCCUGUCUGAGAGUGAAAUCUGAGCCAUCCUCUUGUGUUGUAUUAACUGGUUGGUCUUAGAAAAUGUGCACGUCAGGGCUAUUUGAUACAGCCAAGUACAUCUGCCUACAUUUUUUUCUCUGUCACACCCAAUGACAGGGUGGAAUAAUGUUUACUACAUAAGACUUCUAAUCAUAAUCUUUGUAAUGAAUGAGUCAACAUGGCAUAAGACAUACUGUAUUCUCUUUUUUUAUACAAGACUACUGUUUUUGUGAAUUUUCCC